UAGACACAGUGCAGUUUGAGCAGUCUUGUAUAAGGCUCGGUUUUAGUGUGUGCCAAAUGUAUAUUAACAUUGAAGUAUUUUCAUUCCAGAAUGACGGGAUAUAUUGGAUUAUACGUAAUGACGUUCCUUUUGGUCAAAUUAUCUAUUCAGCAACAAAUUACGGUCCCAACUGGUUCCAGUGUCAGACUCUCGUGCGCAUGUGCCAAAUCUAGGUCCCUCCACACUUCUGUCCAAUCACCGAUCACUUGGACUUUUACGUCAUCGUCUGGACCAAUAUGCAUCGCUAAUUGGACAGGCGUAAAGAAGGAUGCCGUAUCUUAUUCAUCGACCACUAAGUAUCGCAUGGUAACAAAACGUUGGCUCAAAGGCGACCUUGUUAUCUCCCACACAUCGCCGGCAGAUCAAGGAAACUACACAUGUGAAAUCACUAGACGGUGUACUGUUUUAUUGGAUAUCAAUGUACCUGUUUCAGAGGUCUUUAUAACCAUCAACAGAGGUCCUUUUCUAAAAGCUGGAGAUGUCGUGACGAUUGCGGAAAACGACCGCGCCAUUUUCAAGUGUUACUCAAUAGGCGCCAAACCAGCGGCAAGCAUCACGUGGUCACUCUCGCGUAUACCAAUCAGGAUCCAAGUUACGAGUGUGUCGUUCAGCAGCUUCACGUACAAAGGUCGCUAUGAUGCUGUCAGUACACUGAUUGUAAGGCGUGCGACCAUGCUAGGGUACAACGACCAACCGUUGACAUGUCGGGGUUCGGGGGCUAGAGCCUCCAUGGCCAACUCGUCAGUUUGGCUGCGUAUUGUAGCUCCUCUCUCCCCACCAACGAUCACGGGGAAUACAAACAUUACCCUCUCUACUACACAGCGAUCCGUCUUCUUGAGCUGCUCCACCAUUAACUCCUACCCUCUGGCUAUCAUCCAGUGGUCUGUUGGAGGUGAAGAUCAUAGUUCUACCAUCCAUCAUCAGGAGAGGUUUGGACGAUUCGAUGUGACCGCUCAUCUAGAGCUGGUAGUAGAUGGUAGUGAUGAUGGGUUGGAGAUUGUUUGUAAGGUUUCAUCUCCAUUGCAGACUUUGAACAAGUCAGUCACAUUGAAUGUACUUGGAACAAUUUUCACGUAA